CCAAGGCCCGCAGAAGCCCCGCCCCUUUCCCACCUCUCCUACUCGCGCGGGGAGCCAGACUGGCCGCGCUUCUAUUUUUUUUUAUUUUAUUUUGCGAAGGCAGCGAGAGAAGCAGGUGCGCGCCAUGCGGAGGAGCGCCAGGAGGAGAGCAGUGAGCUGAGCCCGUUGCAGGAGCCAAGUUCCGAUCACCUGCCUUUGGCUCCCCGCCCUUUUGCGUGUGCCGCUGGCUGACUUGUCUCCUCUGCACCCUCCCCAGGGGGAUUUCCUCGCCUCGUCCUCCUCGCAGGAGCUGAGAGCAUGAGCCAGCAAGAACGGCAGGCCUCCUUCCGCUGGGUUUCCAAGCACUGAACUGUGAGCGUCCCAUCCUGUGACGUCAAGAUGUCUUAUUUUGGUGACCACUUCUGGGGAGAGAAGAACCAUGGUUUUGAUGUCCUGUAUCACAACAUGAAGCACGGGCAGAUCUCUGCCAAGGAGUUGGCGGACUUUGUGCGCGAAAGGGCGGCUGUUGAAGAAUCCUAUGCCAAAUCCAUGGUCAAGAUGUCCAAGAUGGCCGGGAAUUGUACUCAGCUGGGGAGUUUUGCUCCGCUGUGGGAGGUCUUCCGCAUCUCGUCUGACAAGCUGGCGCUGUGCCACGCCGAGCUGGUGAAGAAGCUGCAAGACCUGCUGAAGGAGAUCGGACGCUAUGGGGACGAGCAGCUGCGGACACACAAGAAGUCAAAAGAUGAAGUGGCCGGGACCCUGGAAGCUGUCCAGGUCCUGCAGGGAGCAGCCCAGCACCUGCCCAAAGCCAAGGAGACCUACCACAGCCGGUGGCAGGACCUCGAGCGCCUUCGGAGGGAGGGGGCCAGCCAGAAGGAGAUUGAUAAGGCUGAGCUGAAAUCCCGGAAGGCGGUUGAGGCGCUUCGCCGUGCCGUGGAGAAGUACAACGUGGCCCGGGACGACUUUGAGCAGAAGAUGUUGGACUCGGCUGUGCGUUUCCAGGAGGUGGAGGAGUCUCACUUGGAGCACAUGAAGCUGCUGAUCGGCUCCUAUGUGCACUCGGUGGAGGACACCCACGUCCAGAUUGGGCAGGUGCACGAAGAAUUCAAGCAGAACAUGGAGAACAUCGGGGUGGAGACACUGCUACGUAACUUUGUCGAGAGCAAAGGAACUGGCCGACAACCCCCAGGGCCUUUGGAUUUUGAGGAGCUGAGCAUGAUUCCCGUACAGGAAGGACCCAAGCGCACCCGCAGCAAAGCCUUUCGCAUCCCUGGCCUGGGUCGCAAAGAACGAGAGCGGGACUCUGUGGAGUCUCCAGAUGCUGAUUCUGGGCCUCCAGAAGUGGACGAGGAAGGCUUUACUCUUCGGCCCGACACAAACCAGAACGGCGAGCACAGCAACCGCUUCUGCUCGUCCAGCGACUCAGAUUAUGAUGACGAGGAGCCCCACAAGUUCUACAUCCGGAUCAAGCCUGUGCAGCCGCGCGAGAGGACCAACAGUGCUGCAGCCUCUGCUGCGGUGGAGCAGCUCAAGGCCUCUGUGGGCAAUCUCAUCCUGCCGCCAAGUGUGGGGUGCACAAUGAAACGACAUUCAUCUAGGCACUUAAAAACUCUCGCCUCAGCUGCGGUGGAAACCGACUCUGACACAGCCCCGGCUGCAGGUGACAAACGGGGGAAAAUGCAGGCACCUCACCUUGCCAUCCGGACAGACAGCUGUGACAGCAAGACUGAAGCCGACGUGCUGCCGACCAGUGCGCUGUUUGGACCUCCGCUGGAAUCGGCUUUUGAGAAUGAAGACUUCUCAGCUCCCCGGCUGUAUCUCUUGGCCUCCAGCCCGUCUCCCUUUUCCUCCUCGUCGCCCGAGAAUGUGGAAGACUCCGGGCUGGAUUCGCCCUCCCACCAGGCCACUGGGCCCUCCCCGGAUUCCCGCCUGUGGAGCCCGCGGCCCGGCACCCCCCAGAGCCCGCUGGGCAAACGGGCUUCCAGUAGCAGCUUGAGCCUCCGCGGCACACGGCCUAGCCUCCCGGCCGAGGACGGACCCAGCCCCUGGCUGCCCCAGCCAGCCUCCCGCGACCUGCCCUGCUUCGCCGCUGAGCCCGAUUGGGCGGACUCUGUGUCUGCUUGGCCCGCGGCGCCUGCUCACGGCAACCCACCCGGCUCCCGCGAAGAGUCGUCGCCAGACCCCUUCUCCGGGGAGCCCGUGGUGAGCGGCCGGCGGGCAUGGACAGCUCGGCCCCGCAGCCCAGCCUCGGACUGCGCCCCGCGGGCUUGCGAGCGGGACAGCUGCCUCUCCUCCAACUCGGCCUCCUCCUCUUCCUCCUCCCCGGCGCCCCCCAGCAGCGGCGAUUCCACCAGCCCCUCCCCCUGGGCCCCGCGGGGCAGAGACUCGGAGAGCGGGACACCCGCGAUCCCCGAAAUCCCAUCGGAGCCGGUUCACUUGCCUCAGUCCGCCCCACCCAGCCUGACCCCCAUGGUGGCCCCACCUCGGCGAUACCGCACCAAAAGGCCCUUGGCUGUUUCGGCCACCUGCGUUGGCAGCGAGACGCCUCGCUCUCUCAGCCCUUCCCCCCUCUGGGCUUUGUCGACUCCCCAGAGCUCCUCUGGCUUGACGGAGCGGGCCUUCUUCAUGGCCACCCAGCCGGGACUUGGCAUUUCCCGUGGCCCCUCCCCCGUGGUCUUGGGCUCUCAGGGUGCAUUGCCCGUUGCAACGGCCUUCACAGAAUACAUCCACGCCUACUUCAAGGGUCAUAACUCUGAUAGCUGCCUCGUCAAGGUCACUGGGGAGCUCACCAUGUCCUUCCCAGCGGGGAUUAUCCGCGUCUUCAGCAGCACCCCGGCGCCUCCUGUCCUGAGUUUCCGCCUCCUGCACACAGCAUCCAUCGAACAGUUCUUACCCAACGCCGACCUCCUCUUUAGUGACCCAUCCCAGAGUGACCCCAGCAGCAAGGACUUCUGGCUGAACAUGAGUGCCCUCACCACGCACCUCCAGAAACAGGCGGAGCAGGCUGCAACUGCCCCUUACUACAACGUGACCCUACUCAGAUACCAGUACUCCAAGCAAGGUCCGGCUUGGGCGCCCCUGCAGCUGGCCGUGAACUGGGAGUGCGCGUCGGACGCCACCCGGGUGCGUGUGGACUACAGCUAUAAUGCGGCCGCCCUUGCCUCCGCAGUGGCGCUUUCCAAUGUGCAGGUCCUGCUGCCCAUGGAGGAACCCGUGGCCAAUGUCCGGCUUCAGCCCACAGCUUCUUGGAACCUGGAGGAAAAGCGCUUGCUUUGGCGGCUGCUGGAUGUCUCGGGAGCCCAGGGCCGUGGAGGUUGCGGCCACCUUCUGGCCAGCUGGGAACCCUUAAAUGGCCCCAGCAAGCCGAGUCCGGUGGCCGCCCAGUUCACCAGCGAGGGCAGCACUGUCUCGGGAGCGGACGUGGAGCUGGUGGGCAGUGGGUACCGAAUGUCACUCGUGAAGAAAAGGUUUGCCACAGGGAUUUACCUCGCUGGCUCCUGAGUCUCAGCUCUGCCCAUUGCUGUUUUUGAAGCGUGCUGGAAGUCAGAAAAAAAAAAUCUAUUUGCUUUUAAAUUAUUUUUUUGCCUGGAUUUUAAACGCUGGAGGAAAAAGCGAAGUUGGGGGAUUUGAGGAAUCUAGCAAGACCUCGAGCGAGAAGGCGGAGACCUUGUGAAUGCUGUGAAGUCCCCAUAUGGAGAGGGAGGACUCAGAAUUGCACUGAAGAAGAAAAUUCCCCUUUUAUCCCUCCUUUUUACUUUGACUCUGCAUCUCUCAUGCCUAAGUUGCUUGCCCCUGCUCCCUUUUGUAAGUAACCUCGGUGCUGCAUUCCAGACCUGGAAGGGGCACUGUCCUGUUUCUUCCAUGCUGCUAGGUGACGCACUCAUGGGAACGUGGCUCUUUUAAUAAAAACACUUUGAUUUUUUUUUCUAAUAAAAAUUCCUUUGAAUUCU